AUGCUAGCUCAUCUAGCUGUUGGUGGUCGAUGUGCUACUCUUAGUGCACUUCCUCGUGCCAAUACAUUAGCUAUCAUUCGAAAGGCAUCAUCAUCGGGUGGAAGUAAAAAGCAUGAAGAACCAGUAGCCGUUUCAACACCAACUGGUUCAGAUCCAAAUAGUUCACCUAUGAGCCAACGUGCUUUACCUCCAGAUGAUGGCAAAGUUCGUUUUCCUAAUCCGUGGGAUGUCAUUCUUAACAAGCGUCGUUUUGAAUAUGCUAUGAAAUUCAAAGGAUACGAUGAUCCAUUCGAUAUGAUGCCUGUCAAACGUAUUGAAAAUAGUUCAGCCGAAAAUCCAAAUUUACUACCAAGUUGCAAUGACAAACGGCUAAUGGCUUGCAUCUGUAAUGAGGAUGUUUAUCACUUGAAAUGGAUGCAUCUUCAUCGCGGUGAACCAAAGCGAUGUUAUUGUGGUCAUUGGUUUAAAUUAACUGAACGACAAUUUGUUGAUUUAAGUGAUUUUGGUAUAACUGAAGAUAUGCAAAAACCAGCCGCCCAUUAA